GGGCGGAUCGCAGCUGAGUGAAGCGGGGACGGCGGCACCAUGAUGGCGCAGCGGGCUCUUCCUAACCCCUAUGCGGACUACGACAAGUCUUUGGCCACCGGCUAUUUUGAUGCCGCCGGGAGGCUGACCCCUGAAUUCACGCAGCGGCUAAAUAACAAAAUCAGGGAGCUGCUUCAACAGAUGGAGAGGGGCCUCAAGUCUGCCGACCCGCAGGACUGCACCACGUACACUGGCUGGGCAGGCAUUGCUUUGCUGUAUUUGCACCUGUAUGAUGUGUAUGGAGACCCAGCCUACCUUCAGGUGGCCCACGAGUAUGUGAAGAAGAGCCUGAGCUGUCUGACAAGACGAUCCAUCACUUUCUUGUGUGGAGAUGCCGGGCCCCUGGCAGUGGCUGCUGUCGUCUUCCACAAACUGCAGAACCAGAAGCAGUCAGAAGACUGUGUCACUCGUUUGCUCCAUCUACACAAGCUUGAUCCACGAGUGCCAGAUGAACUGUUGUAUGGGCGCAUGGGCUAUCUCUAUGCGCUAAUAUUUGUGAACAAGCACUUCGGAGAGGAAAAGAUCCCUCAAAGUCACAUUCAGCAGGUCUGUGAAGCAGUUGUAGCCUCAGGAGAGAGCUUGGCCAAAAGGAGGAACUUUACAGCAAAAAGCCCACUGAUGUAUGAGUGGUACCAGGAGUACUAUGUAGGAGCAGCCCAUGGUUUGGCUGGGAUUUACUACUAUCUCAUGCAGCCUGGCCUUGGAAUGAGCCAAGUAAAACUGCACAACACAGUCAAAUCCAGCGUGGACUACGUCUGCCAGCUCAAGUUUCCAUCUGGCAAUUACCCUCCAUGCGUCAAUGACACCAGAGACCUACUCAUCCACUGGUGCCAUGGGGCACCAGGUGUUAUCUACAUGCUUGUCCAGGCCUACAAGGUCUUUGGGGAACAGCAGUACCUAAAUGAUGCCCUGCAGUGUGCAGAAGUGAUCUGGCAGUAUGGGUUACUGAAGAAAGGCUACGGGCUGUGCCAUGGGACAGCUGGCAAUGCUUACGGCUUCCUAGCACUGUACAACCUUACUCAGAACAUGAAAUACCUGUACAGGGCCUGCAAGUUUGCAGAGUGGUGUUUAAGCUAUGGCCAACAUGGGUGCCGCACUCCAGACACGCCAUUCUCUCUCUUUGAAGGAAUGGCUGGAACAAUUUACUUUCUUGCUGACCUGCUGGUGCCAACGAAGGCCAAGUUCCCCGCAUUUGAACUCUAAAUCUGAGCUUGGCAAUUUCCUGCCUGAAUCCCUCCACACUUACAAAAGCAGUUCGAAGCUGCUUUCUCCUUCUUCCAAACUCAUCGUUGUUCACCUAACUGAAUGUAAAUCCAUCCUCCUGAGGGCAUGCUAAGUUCUCUGGUCAUCUCAUUGCAUUGUUUCAAUUUAAAAGACAGAAUGCAGGUUUUGCUGGUGUCUCUUAAAAAUGCAGGGCUGCAGGUGGGAGCAGGGAGAAAAUGUACAGUAUUUUGUUGGCUAUAGAGUUUUGCUAUUUUGUGUAUCCCAUUUCCUGGGAGAAAGUUUUCUAUUAAAUGUAACUUUGGCCAUUUAAUUUUUUUUUGUUUGGUUGGUUGGUUGGUUUGGUUGUUUUGUUCUGACAAGUAAUUGCAGGAAUUUAGUUGCCUUUGGAAAACAAAAGAUGAAAAACUGAGACUAUUGCCCAGCAAGUUGUUUUUAAGUGUUUUCUUUCUGAACACCCAGGGAGUAGGCAGUUCAGUAGCUGGGCUGCUCCACAUGAAGUGAAUGUGAUGGACUGUGGAGUCUUUAUAUAAGGUUUUUUAAUGUCAGAUUGCAAGUGGCACAGCUGGAACUGACAGGCCAAAACCUUGUCCUGAAUUUUCCACCUGUCUGCUUUAACAGCAGUGGCUAUGUAUAGCUCUUUUGUGCAUAUUUUCCAGUGACAAAUAAUCCACUCGCUUUUGUGCUUAUUUGCCAUCUUAUGCUAAACUUUGCAUAAGUCCAUUGAUCAUCUAAUGGAAAACUCCAAUCUAAAAGCGAGCUAAGCAUGCUUGUUGGUGUGGUCUCUUCUGUUUAGCUUCUAAAGUUUAUUUUGCAGUCUUUAUUUAAAAUUGUGUAUGAAUAUUAUAGGUGUUAGGUGGUGCCAGGCCCACCAGCAGCAGCAUGGGAAAAGAAGUGUAUUCUACUGAGUUUUGUCAGUGUUUAACCUAUUACCUGUAUAGAUGUUGUUUACAUGCUUUGUUUUAUAAGCUUUCCUGAAACUGGAUAAUUUGAGUCACUUGUUUGCCUUGUUACUGCUUGUUGUAUUUUGAUAUGCAACCACACAUCUACCCAACUGGAAAAUCUGCCCUAGGUUAAAUAGCUUUGACCUGUCAAGCAGACCAGAUACUUGCAAGGGGUAAAUCUGCUUUUCCAUCCUUAGCUGAUGCUACACUAAUUUGCAGCAAUUAGGGACCUGACCCUGUAAACCACUUUCUUGGUACUGAGCAUGAGCUAAAACACUGAGCACAGUGAGAGUUACUGAUGCAGCCAUACCGCUUUGUGCUGUUUGAGGGCAGCUCCUCAGCCUGCACAAGAGUAGGUGUGGGUUUUAAUUUUUUAAGGGCCCAGUUGCCAAGUGCCUCUGGCCACCUAAGAGCAGGCGAGCAGCUGCAGGGCAGUGCGGCCAACCUCCAAGCCGGCACACUCCUGCACCAGAGAUAGUGAAGGAGGAGGACCAAACCUGGCACACUAACACAGCUAGCUCACAUGUGCCUGAACACAAGGCAGCCUAGUCCCAGCAGCAUAGGCAGACCCUCAAGAACUUCCUGGAUAGGCUGCUCCAGCAAAGAGUAGAAACCAUUCCUGGAAGGCUGCCUGCUUCCUGAAAGCUCAGCCUCCUGCUGCCAUCACAUGUUUCUGGAAGUUCAUCAGAAGACAGCCUGAAGCACAGAGAACCUCAUCUGCUUUGGGCUGAGCAUCCCUGUCAGAAGCCUCAAGCUCAUGCAGACUCAGCGGUGGUGAAUCCCUUUCAUUCACGGGGCCUAAAUAACACAGGGAGGAGACUGGAAAGGAGAAACAGCCUUGAGAGCAGGAUUUGGCUAAUCAAACAGUUUGGAGGUCGGAUCCUGUAGUAUGAGACCUGCUCUAAGUUACCUCCCAGCUUGGCUGGUGUGAUGGCAGUGUAGGGACACUGCUCUCAGCCUGGGUUUCUCCCAGGCACUGCUUCUGUAAGGGAGAUGGUUCAUGCAGCCUGGUGUCAUGGCAGCAUCACAUCCCAGGGUUUGUACACUGAUUAGGGGAUCGUCAGGGCCUGGUGUACAACUGCUGAGUGAAGCACUGUUUAUUAAAAAUGCUGAAAUGAACAACCUUUGGGUUAUUUUUAUCCCCUGCUUUGUGACCAGGAUUCAUGUCUGAAGAGAUCAAGAUACGCCACAACAGCCACUCUGGUGGCUCGUGGAGGCUCACUGGCCUCCCACCCACCCUGAGUGUUAAAGAGUAUUUCACACAUUUUUCCCUGGCUCCAAUCUGUCAAGGCGAGUCCUGUGCUUUCCCUUGCAGGCUAUGCUUUUCUCCCAGGACAUCCUUUUGCAGUGCUGUCUCUGUCCAAGGCCGCAUCCUCCCUGCUGUGGCUUCCACUGGAGACCACAGCCCUGUAGGUUAGUCUUAAUUGCAUCAAAAUACACCUGUGUGGACCACUGGCCACCAGAAAGAGGAUGUGGAUCCUCCCAAAAAAGCACCUCCUCCCCAGUGGAAGGAGGUACAGGCUGCCUCGGGGAGCCUGUGACUGUCUAGCACCAGGGGCUUUAAGACCAGCCUAUCAGGAAUGGUAUGUGCCCUCCAGCACGAGCAUAAAUUAGGUUGCUUGAGGUCCUAUACAGCCUGGUUCUCUACAAUUUUCCUUUCUAUUAAGGUUUGUGGUAAAGCUCUUCAGGG